AGUCACCAGAUAAGUAGGGACUAGAAAUAUCCCAGCAAUUGGAACGUCUAAGUGUCUGCUUUGUAAACAGGGGUGAUUUUUUCAAUCGGGAAGAAUAUGAAGUCACUGGUUUUACUAAUAAUAUCUCUGCUAUGUCUAAAACACCUACAAACGGCACCAACUCUAGAAGAAAAUGAGAGCACAGACAGCAAAAAAAUUAAAGUGCUAACAAAGCUUGGUGAAGAGUUUGUGGAACAGGAAGUAAGAAAUGCUUUAUUAGGAAUUAAGGAAAUGAAGAAAAUCAUGGAAACAAAUGAGGAGAAACACAAUGAUAUAUUGAAAUCUUUAAGAAAAACCACAGAAGAAAAAGUGGAAGCAGUAAAGCUUUUUGAGGACAUCAAUGAAAGACUGAAUGAUGCAGAAAUGCAGUGCAGUGAGUUGCAGAAAGAUGCCUAUGAUGAAUGCAAAGCUUGUAUUGAAAGGACCUGUAUUACUUUAUAUACAACUACUUGUUCCCAACAGGGAUUGCAGUCAUUCACCACUAAGGCUCAAGAGAUGUUUAAGGAAUGGUCUCCAUUUACUCAUUUUAUGCGAAUCGGUGAAAUCAAGGACAUAAGCAAAGCUUCAGACAGGGAGGUUGCCCAACUUUCCCAAGCAGAUAAAUCCUUCAACUUGAUUAUGUCUGAUGUUAGCAACCUAUUUAAUGAAAGCAUCCUGUUUUUAAAAAAUGCCCACCAGGCCUUCAAUCAAUCAUUUCAGAAUUUCUUUAUGGCUGAUGUGAUGUUAACAGAUGAUAAAGAGUCCACAGCUGAGCCUCACACGGAUCCUGAGAUUUUUAGUCACUGGAAUAUUUCUGACUGGGUCCAGUCUUUUAGCGAUUUUAGCCAGGCUGUUUUCGAAGGUAUCACUGAUGCCGUCAUCAAAAUGUUUAAGGACUUCACUCACGAAUUCAAAGAUUCUUUGGUACCACCGGAAUCUGCAAGUCAUUUUGGAGUUCUAAAGUCUGAAACAAAUCCAUUGAUAUGUAAGGAACUUCAGAAUUCCACGGAAUGUUUGCCAUUUCAGGAGAGAUGUCAGCUAUGCAACGAGACUUUCAUGAAAGACUGUCCUGAUCUCCUGGAGCUGCAUAUAAAGUCUGAGGUGGCCUUUAAGCUGGUUAAUAUAUCUACACAGCAAUAUGAGGAUCUCAUGCACAUCGUUCAGCAGCACACUGAAGACACUGCUGAUAUAAUGACACAAAUGAAAGAGAGAUUUGGAUGGGUGGGACAGCAGACCAAUACGACAUAUGGGACUAACCACAUCUUUAGCAUAGAUAAGGUAUCUUUUAUUUAUAACAGUGAACCUGCCACAGUAAAUGAAACCAUUAUAGAAGUGAAUGUCUUGUCAUCUCCCAAAUUUACCAUUAGAGUUCCUGGUGACAUUGAUCUAGAGAGCCCAGAAUUCAUGAAGUAUGUAGCUGAGAAAGCACUCGAUCUUUACAAACAGAAUUUUUAGAGCCACCAUAUAAUCUCUUUUCACGUUUAAACCACACUGCUAGAACGUUUGUAAAAGUUCUAAAUAGAUAGGUUUCCUGCAUUGAUGAUGUAGAAAACCAAGAAGUUGUGCAAUAUGUAGCAGAAGAAAA